AUGAAGACGCCACGCGAGAUGGCGAUCAAUUGCAACUCGACUACGCCACCACCUGCUCUCAUUCUUCAACAAUCUCGUGCGUCUAUGCCCAUGUCUAUUAGUCAGAAUCGCAAGCAGCAGCUUGGAGGUGGCUAUUCUGAUCGACUUCGUAGUCCCGUACGACAUCAAAUGCAUUUACCGGCUGCCUCAAUGACGCCGUCUGCACUGUCUUCGUACCAGCAUCUGAGCACUAUUGAAAGUGUUCGUACAGUGCUUAAUAGCACGGGAGGAAUGAAUGCGAAUGCUGCUGCUUGUGCACAUGAAGUCAUUUUGAGUGGAACGCUGAUUAAACGCAGUCAGUUUUUCAAGACGUGGUUGCCACGUCAUUUAAUAUUGUCACGUCAUGCUCUUCAAGUGUAUCGGAAGAAUCCAUAUACAAUCAGUAUGCAACAACAGGAGAAAGAUUUGGCGCAGCUUGAGAAGAAAUUACUCAAGAUGGAAGUGAUUAGGACCGAUGUGAUUCGUGUUGAGCCUACGGAUGCUUUUAAGAAACAUCCGUAUUGUUUUGUGAUUGUAGCACGUAAACGAUCACGACGGUUGGGACUCUUUGAAACCAAUAGCAACGAAGGGACGACGAGGAAUUCCGUCUCUUUUAGCAGCACGGGAACCAACUGCUUCUUACACCAUAAAGAGAGCAAUUUGGACUCGAGACGGAGCGAUGAUGGACCGGUGGUGUUGUAUUACUUGCAAGCCAGUAAAGAAGCGGAACGACAACGGUGGAUUCGUGAAUUGCAACGCUGGAUUGAAGGAGAGUGUCCGUCGAAGCUUGGUCAUGGCAUUCUCAGCUAUAUUGUUAACAAUGAGUAUAGCAAUUAUCGCUACGGACAGAAGGUGGUCGGCAGCGCGCCAUCGUCGAGACCGGUGAUCGUUUUAGGAGAUAAUGGAGCCACGUCAAGUGUCCCGGCUGCCUUGUCCCCGGCUUCACAGGCUGGACGCACGAUUGAGCGGGAGUUUCCUGUACUCGCAAACUUGAUUCGAGAUAUGCAUGACUGCAAGAAGGAGGAUGAGAUGAUUUACAUCUUGGAUCAAGUGUUGGGGGAAGUGCAGGACGGUGCCAACAGCGGGUACAUUAAGAAGCUGAUUGCCACGGCGGGAGGAGCGAAACUGGAACAGUCGGAGCAUAUCUGGACGACCCACGUGAAGACGGCUUAUGCUAACAUCAUGAAGGCGCUGCAGACGGCCUCAACUGGUCCGGAACCGAGCAGCCAGGCACCGACGCUGCGCGCUCCUAAUGAUGUGCGGCAGAACUCGGCUGGCAGUGUCGACUCGAAUGAGAGCAACCGCUCGCUGAACAAUGUUGGUUUGGCGUCAUUCCACAGAUUUUACAAGCUUGGACGAAAGCUUGGGUCAGGUGCGUUCUCGGUGGUGCAUAUUGCGACCCAUCGCGAGACACGUAAGCAGGUCGCAGUUAAGUGCAUUGCGAAGGCGAGUUUGGGGCGACAGAAUGUGCACUCGCUGAAGCAAGAAGUGGAAGUUAUGUCCAGUCUGAAGCACCCGAACAUUGUGCCACUACUGGACUAUUUCGAGGAAGACAGAUACUACUAUAUUGUGACCCCGUUGUGUACGGGCGGAGAGCUUUUUGGUGAUCUGGUAAAGCGGAAGAGUUACACGGAGGAGGAUGCUCGUGUGCUCAUGCGGAAGCUCGCAGGUGCUAUCGAGUAUAUUCACUCCCGUGGUAUCGUUCACCGCGAUCUGAAGCCUGAGAAUAUCUUACUGAAGACUUCAGCACCUGGUGCCGAGGUGAUGAUCGCUGACUUUGGUUUUGCUAGGCCAAUGGAUGGCUCGCGACGCGGUACUGCCUGCGGCACCCCAGGCUAUGUAGCACCAGAAGUGGUGCAGGGUGAGCCAUACGGAGCCCAAGUGGAUUGCUGGAGCCUUGGUGUAAUUUUGUUUAUCCUGCUGUGCGGGUACCCACCAUUCCCUGGCGCCAACCACGCAACGGUGCUCAACAAGGUUGUCAAGGCCGAGUACAAAUUUGAGUCACCGUACUGGGAUGAGGUGUCCGAUGAGGCCAAGGACUUGGUAUCGGAGCUGCUGACAGUGGACCGCACUAAACGUCUGGACGCUUCGGGCCUUCUUGCCCACCCGUGGAUGGACGAGAUGCGCGCGUCUGCCUUCAGUGUUACCGAUGACAUUGAGGUUAGGAAGUGUAUGACGCGCAAAUGUUCCGACCUUUUGCCGGCGCUACACCAGAUGCGCAAACACAGUGUGACCCAUGGCAGUCCGAAGAUCCGUCCUUCUGAUAUGAACGUGGAUGACAUCGAGCUAGACGAGAUGACUAUGAACAGUGACAAGGAGAUACUUGAGCGCGAGCUCGCGGACAUGGACGGCUACUAA